GCAAAUGGAACCCUUUUCAUUUUGGUACAGAAAAUAUAUUUUACCAGACAACAAAUCAGUUAUUAGAUGCUUUCAUUCACUUUGGGAUAAAUGAAACCGUGCAAAUCCUAUGGUAAAACUUACAUUCGAGCUAACAAAGAGGAGGGGACAAAGGAAAAAUUUAGGGAAAGUGAUGUAGCUGAGAAGACUAUGCCGACGCUAGAAAAAGUGGAGUAACUGACAGCCCAAGACAGGGAGAAGGGGUUACUUGCUAAAAAAAAAAAAGAGAUCUUCAAUGGCUGAAACAGGGGAAGUGUUUGGGGAAAGAUGAGUUGCACUUCAAUAAUGAGAGUGUUUGUGAUGGGAUUGGUGAAGGCACAAAGCAAGCAAUUGAUGUUGAUGCACCAAGUAAUGAUCAGAGAGGCACAUGCCAAACCACCAUUAAAAAGACUCCUCUGCUUUCAUCUUUUCCAGUUUUUUCUUCAUCCCCUUCCCCACCCACCUUGCCUUAUCACGUUCAUUCAAUUUCGGCCCCUCUGCCUCUCCUCGCUAAGCCCUGUUGGUCACAUCACGCUUUAUCCCAUUUCAAUCCCAUGUCUCAAACCAUUUGAGAAGGACUUUCUCCUCUUUUCUCCCCAACUUUAAAGAUUCCAAGUACAAUCCAACCCACCCGAUUGCCAAUUGCCAACUGCAUUCCUAAGCCCUUCAAAUUCAAUUAUCUAUAUUAAUUUUGCAUGCCCCUUUUCUCAACUCUCAUCCUUCGAGUUAAAAAAGUUCAAACCCUGUUUGAUGCCAUCAAAUGGAGAACAGAGCUCUGAUGUCUCUUCUCCGGCCGACACCCGGCGAGAAGCGAACGAAAUCCGGAAAUGGGUUUCUCAAAAUGCUGAAGCUUUUUCCGAUGCUGACCUCGGGAUGCAAAAUGGUGGCUCUACUGGGCCGCCCACGACGGCCUCUGCUGACGGAUAACGCGACGACGGGAACGAUCUUCGGGUACCGGAAAGGCAGAGUGAGCCUCACGAUUCAGGAGAACCCCCACUGCGCGCCCAUGUUCGUGAUCGAGCUUCCGAUGCUGACGAGCGCGUUCCACAAGGAGAUGGACUCCGACAUAGUCAGGAUUGCGCUGGAGAGCGAGUCGAGGACGCACCGGAAGAAGGUGAUGGAGGAAUUCGUGUGGGCGAUUUAUUGUAAUGGCAGGAAGGCGGGGUACUCGAUCAGGAGGAAGCAAAUGUCGGCGGAGGAAAUGUAUGUGAUGCAAAUUCUGCGAGGGGUUUCGAUGGGCGCCGGCGUACUGCCGAGCCCGUCGGAGAAACAGGCGUCGUUCGACGGCGAAUUGACCUACAUGAGGGCGAGAUUUGAGAGGGUGGUAGGAUCCAAGGAUUCCGAAGCUCUGCACAUGAUCAACCCUGAUGGGGCGCAGGGCCCGGAAUUAAGCAUUUUCUUUGUUAGGGCUCAUUAGGGUUUAUCUGCGCUGUCGCUGGGUUUUACUGUGGAUCACCUCUUGGAUGAAAACAAGUAAAUUGUUCAAAUUAUUUACCUAGGGUUUCAUGCUUUUUCUUUUUUUCGUUUUCGGGAGGGUGGGGUUGCGAAUUGGGAGGCUUGUAGGGUGUUAAUGUGUUAUAUUUUAUAGGGUUGAUGUUUGGUACAUAAUUCCUCUAACUAAUUAAUUAUGGGUUUUAUCA